AUGUCUACGAGAACUCGGUUGUUCUCUGGUACGAUAUAGUAUAUGGCAGAAGAUAUUGCCACUAGACAAUCAGUGUCAACAGAAGUGACUAACAAUUUGUCUUUUGAUCCUGUGCGCGGUCGCUCUCGCUCUACAGACGGAACAACUGUUCGUUACACGCUACGUCGUCAUUAUUCACUUCAGUCUCGAAUUAGAAAAGGGAACGACGAAUGGCCAUCGGAAUCUCGUGGACAACACUCAUGUCUUACUGACGGAGACCGCCGUAUGUCUCAGAACGGCAGUCAUGUAAGAAGGCUGCUUCCUCAAAUCCCGAAUUCAAAGUCUGCACAUUGCAGAGAUAACACUGAUGGACAGUACAGUGGAGAUUCAGGAUUACUAGAGUAUUCAACAGCAUCAUUAGAUAGAAAGAACAAGCGAAAAGGAUCUCUUGAGUCUUUGAGAGUUGGAAAUGCUACAGCACAAGGAAUAAAGACAGAAGAGGUGCAGAAUCAUCAGAGAAAUCAUGUCCCAAUGGGUCGCUCAGCAAGUCUUGAACAGCUCAAUGAAUUGGAAAAAACAUACUCUCCAAUGACUCCGCCUCCCACUCUUCGAUUUAAAGCGUACCAAGCCAGAAAGAGAUAUCAACGAAGAAAGACGGAUCCAGAGGGGCGCCCCUUGAUCUUUUCAGUGGAGAAAGAAAGAAAGAAAACCGAUAGCAUACCAAAUAAACAGCAAGAUAUUUUUGAUGCUGUCAUGAACAAUGAUGUCAACUCUGUUGCAGCUAUUGUGAGAGAGUGUGGUAUUGACAUUAAUCAAAUUAAUGAAGAUGGACACACACCUCUAGACAUUGCUAUUAUGGUAAAUUCACAAGAAAUUGGAGAGCUGCUGUUUGAACAUGGAGCAAAGGAAAACUCUAAAUUUUAUCACAUGGAGAAUUUUCGUGGACAUCGUCUGGAGGUUUUCCUUGCAGAAGCAGAACGCCGAGUGACAGAGCUGACUGGUGUCUUUGUGUAUUCUACCCCUAGAACACAAUCUCAGUCAGGGUCUGCUCUUGUACAGGAGUAUGAAACUCAACUGAGGCGAUGGGAGAUGAAGAAGCAGCAGCUGCAGCAGAUGAAGCAACAAUAUGAUGCUUGUGGCAUUCCAGAUCCACCAUCAACAUGUGAACUUCGAGUAGCUAGCAGCACUUCAUUAUUGGUAUCAUUUGAUGCUCCACGUAAUGAUCAUGGUGCUUUUGUUACUCGAUACAAAGUGGAGUGGAGCCGAUCAGUAAGCUUCUCAAACUGUAAAAGUGUUGUUUUGGUCAGCACAAGAUCACUGAAACAUUAUUUGACAGGCUUGCAGACGGGUGCUGCUUACGUUGUUCGAGUGUCAGCGUAUAACAUGAAAGGAUAUGGCCCACCGUGUCUGUCUUCACCUAGGAGUCUUGCUCCAUCCAGUUGGCGAGAUGUUGAAUAUGUAAUGCCAAGAGUAGAAGGUCAGAUUGAGUCACUUACUGAGGUAUUCGAAGGCAUGUGUCAACUUAGAGAGUCAGAGGACGUUCGUCAAGUUCAAUCAUCUUUCAGAUCACCACAGAUUUCAUCAAAGAAAGUCCAGAAAACCUUGUCUAGAAUUUUCCGUUCAGCAGUGAAAUUUACAAAGAAUAUCAAAAGAGGCGUUUAUCUGGCAUUGUUGUUCUACUCAAGUGAAGGCGGUAUUCUGUCAACUGUUGACGAUCAGCUGCCUGUUAUUGAAGUUGACGAAAGCUACCCAUCUUCUCUUGGAGCUGACUUUCAAUGGUUGCUGAAGGUUGGUUCAACAUGGGAAGACAUCCAAGCCAUGCAAAGAGAAUCUUCUAAAGUUUUGUCAUCUUCCUCUGCUCAGUUAAGGCACAAACUGAUGACAGCAAUUGAUGGAAUGCAAUCUGCAGUCGGGAUUAAAGAUCUUGGACAACUUCAUUAUGAGCCUAUUAGAGACACUCAAAAUAGCAUAGUUAUUGUGACUGCUCAAUGUGUGAGAGAAUUUCGACCAACUCCUAGUGUGUCACUCCGCUGGACGAAAAUGGGAAAAUUAAACAAGAAACAGUUAUCAAACUACGAAGAUAAUUUUUGUGGAAUGAAACAGCUUGUAGCAGCAGUGCCGGAUAUAAUUACGUUCAAUCAGAACAGGAACACACAACUGUCAAGAGGUCUUUAUCUUGGCUAUGUGCAGCUAGAAGCCUCUGUUGAGGUGCUUCGAGUGGUAGUUCCUUUAGACACACCCAACGUUCUGCCACAUGUCAAAUUGAGGGAUAAUCCAAAUGUUUCAAAGGAAGAGUGGCUUUCUUUUAAGAUUGCAAACAGAGAAGUAGAUGAGAAACCACAAAUUGGUCUAGAGUUUAUGCAGCUUGUCUAUCACAAAGCAAUGCAGCUUUUAACAAUACGUGGUGUUCCUGAUGAGGAUAUAGACAAUCAUCAGCUGUAUACUAGAGAGAUUAUUGAACUUAGUCACGAUGUUGCUUUUCUUCUUCUUCUUCCACCCAGUGACAAAAUUUGUGCAGUACCAGGACAGUUGUGUUCAAUGCAGGGAGACACAAUCUUUACAUCAUUGCCUCUUCCAACAUUUGAACUGCUUCAAUGGCAGACAUAUCAGACUGCAUCUGUCUGUCUUUUCUCCAGAGCAUCAGCAAUGUUAGACAUUGAGCAGUUAUUGGCUCAACAUUGCUUAAGGGAAGCAUUCUCUGAAGAUGAGAUCGAGGCUGCUAGGACAAGACAGAAACAUGUUUCAGCUUAUGCUAAGACUAUUGAAGAUGUGUGGAGAGGAAUGCAUUGGAUAGCUGAAGUUGUUCAAUUUGGUAGAGACCACAAUGUUACUACUCCUUGUUCAUUGGCUAUUUUAAAGAAACAAGCAGCAAAACAAAGUUUUAAUGGACAACAGGGGCAAAAGACCAAGAGAAAACUGCCCUCUCUUGAUGGGUUGGCAAGUGGCGAUUUGGGAGAGCUGAGAGUAUAUCCUGCUUAUGACCCAACACUUGAUCCGCAUACAAGUGUUAAGCUUCAUGUUGGAUGUGAUACAACUGCUGUUGAUAUUGUACGUGCAGUUGUGGAGAGAAUGUCUCAAGACAAAGACUCCGUUUCAUCUUGUGACUACAGACAGUUUUGUCUUGUUGCUGUUAUUGGUUCAUCUGAACGAUGGCUCAGGGGUGACUUCUGUCCUCUGCAGUUACAGAAUCCGUGGACAAAGGGCAGACUAUUUGUUAUGAAAGAAAGUCAGCAGUAUUCAGACCAUAGGCAUUCAACUUUUGUCUAGGAACAGAUAUUUUGUUUUUGAGCGAAGACGUAGAUUUACUGCUUCAUAUUACCAGUUUCUAUUGUAGAAAUAAACAGCCAGACUAUUUGAA